AUGACAUGUAAUCCGACCUGGCCUGAGAUUCUUGAUGAGCUUGAGCCAGGUCAAAGUCCUCCUGAUCGUCCAGAUAUUGUUGUGUGUGUUUUCGAGCUCAAGUUAAGAGCAUUAAUGGAUGAUAUUACGAAGAAGAAUGUCAUGGGAGAGACAAUUGCUUUUUGUUACACUAUUGAGUUUCAAAAACGUGGUCUUCCUCAUGCACACAUUCUUCUUUGGUUGAAAGACAAGGUCAAUAACUGUGACCUUGUAGAUAGGAUAGUAUGUGCGGAGAUUCCCGAUUUAGAUAGACAACCGCAAUUGUAUGCUGCAGUUGCCAAGCACAUGAUGCAUGGACCAUGUGGUUUGGACAAUCCCAAUUGUCCAUGCAUGGAAGACGAUAGAUGUACAAAAAACUAUCCGAUGCAAAUUCGAGAUACUACCGAGGUGGAUGGUGAUGGACAUGUUUUGUACCGUCGUCGAAAUCAAGGUCGAUAUAUCGAGAAACGUGUACGUGGACAAAUUGUCCGUUUAGACAAUCGAUGGGUUGUGCCAUACAAUCCAUAUUUGAUAGGUCGGUUUAAUUGUCACAUUAAUGUGAAAAUUUGCAGUUCUGUAAAAACUGUCAAAUACCUCCACAAGUAUAUUUUUAAAGGUCCAGAUCGUGGUGUUGUAGAAACAGAUGAAGUGGUAGAUGAGAUUAAGGAUUUCUUGGAGGGUCGUUAUGUGGCCGCCCAAGAAGCAUUGCAUCCAACGUACAAGGCCGCUUGUAUUGCAAGAGGACUUUUACAAGAUGAUUCUGAAUGGAAAAAUUGUCUGCAAGAGGCAACUGUCAUUCUGUUGCCUAAACAAGUUUGGGGGUUGUUUGCAACACUUCUUGUGUUUGGACAACCGCUAGAUCCUCUUAGCUUACUAAAGACACAUCUUGAUGCUAUGUCUGAUGAUUGGCGCAAUGAUCAAAAUCGCUAUUGCAAAGCAAUUUUGUCCAUUGAAGAAUAUUUGUCAUCAUCAGACAAACAUCUUACAGAUUUUUUUAAUAUCGAAGAAUUGAAUGAGUGUGGUUAUUCAAACAUUGUUGAUGUUGGCGGUGAUUCCAAUGACAAUAUUGAUUUUGAUAACCAAAACAUUACUUUUCUAGAGGAGGAUGUAGGUAGGCUCAACGAAGAACAAUACAUUGUUUUUAAUGCGGUGACCACUGCCGUUUUAAAUUCUGAUUCUCCAGAUCGGCUUUUCUUUUUAGAUGGUCCUAGUGGUACAGGUAAGACCUUUUUGUAUAACACCAUAUUGGAUUAUCUUCGUGGUCGUAAUGUCAAGUGUAUGGCAAUGGCAACAAGUGGAAUUGUCGCAUGCCUUUUGAAUGAAGGGCGAACGGCACAUUCAGCUCUUGCUAUUCCUUUACAGUUGCACGAUGCAUCAAUUUGUAACAUUAGUACCCAGUCUACAUUAGGUCAAAGCUUACGUGAAGUACAAUUGAUUGUACUUGAUGAAGCUUGUGCUGGGCAUCGUUUUAUGUUUGAAGCUAUAGACAGAUCAUUGCGAAAUAUACGCAAUAUAGAUAGUCCAAAUGGUAGUGUUGUAGUAUUAUAUGGCGGUGAUUUUUGCCAAACUUUGCCUGUAGUUGUACGUGGAGGUCGCAAGCAAACUGUUCAAGCUUGCUUGCGACAUUCAUACCUAUUUCCACUAAUGCAACAUUUUCAUUUGACCACUAACAUGCGUUUGCAAAGUCAAGCGGACUUUCAACGAUUUUUGUUAGAUAUUGGUGAGGGCAAAACCGGUCCAAAGGUAGAUUUACCGCUAAGAUUAGUUGCUCCUGGAAAUUCUUUAGAUGGUCUCAUUGAUGCUAUUUUUGAUGAUCCGGUUGAUUUUUCUGAGCGCGUCAUUUUGGCUGUCCGAAAUGAUGAUGCCCAAGAAAUCAACCGAAAAAUCACCGAUCGUAUACCUGGUGAUGUGCAUCAAUGUUUUAGUGUUGAUUUUAUUCACGAGAAUGAUGAAUAUGCCCAUCAUUACCCAAUAGAGUUUUUGAAUUCUUUAUAA